GACAUGAAUCGUCGGUCACGAAGACCUAAAUCGGGCCACAACAACAACCUACUCUGAUUGUCACGACGCUCAACGUAUGGAGUAUAUUGCAAAUAGUAACAAAUAGUUUGCAUCUCAACAUGAGUCAUUGUGGCUUAGUUACUAUUCAACGAAGGCUUCUGGUGUUUCUGUUUUCCACAUUUUUAUCUGAAAAUACAUUAGUGACAUCAUUCGUUGAUAAAACGUCAUAUCCUAAAAAAAGAUUAAGCGAGGGAAAUAAAUACCUGGGCAGCUGACUGCUUCACUGAAAGCUGUUGGGCCCCACGGGAGAGGGGCACACACCUGCAAACUUCCGCCUGCCAGAGGCGUCAGCACAGCAGCUUUGUGAGCGAUAAUUUCAAUACUUUUAACUUCAUGACAACGCCACAGAUAUACAGGAUGCGUUUCAUCGUCUUCUUAAUGUUGUUAACGGCCCUGCCGAUUCUGUGCUUUGCGGACUUGUCCACCGCUCCCAUCACGACCGACUGGAUCCCCAGGGUCAGCAGGAAGAUGGUGAAGUUCGCAGAGUCCCAAACCGGCGCGCUGCAGUUAGGCAAGGCGUACGACGAGAAACUCAACUUCACCGAGAUUCAGAUUGAUGGCAAGGCGCAGCUCCAUCUGCUGACCCAGGCAGCAGGAGACCGACUGAAGAAGUGCCGGGAGAUCCUGGAAAGGAACAAGGCUGAGAUAGAAGCCUCCCAUGCACAGGGUCCGACAGGGGGCGCUCCUGCUUCUGACUGCUGCGACAACCUCGGCCAGCUGGAGUACGACCCGAGAUUCCUGCAGCAGAUUAUCAACGACAGCUGUGCUACUUUCACUGCAGGAAACGGUGAUAACACAGUCCGCCCAAAUGUGUACGACAUCAUGAAGUCCAACAUACAUGAGAUGUCUGGGGUGACCUGGCAGUAUUAUGGCGCCAAAGAGGGCGAGUAUCACCAGUUCCCCAAGAACGACAGGUCAUGUGAGGGCAAUGAUCACAGGUUCAGAAACUGGUACGUCAGCGCAGCUUCACCAAAGAAGAAGAACGUGGUGAUCGUGAUGGACGUCAGCGGGUCCAUGAGGGAGCCUCCGGGUCCGGAGGAGCAGAACAGACUCAACCUGGCCAAGCAGGCAGCUCUGACGGUACUGGACACACUUACACCGAGGGACUGGGGAGGAGUGGUGUCGUUCAGUGCCCGUGCAGAGACACCCGAAGGUUGUUUGGGAGACAGUCUGGGAGAAGCCAACCCAACUAACAUCGGGAUUAUGAAGGACUUCAUCAAUCAACGUGUGCCUGAGACUAUCACCAUGUACGGAGUAGGAUUCAGGAAAGCCUUUGACAUGUUUGCUGAAGCUCGAAACAAAAAACCGGAACAGUUCGAAGACUGCUACAACAUCAUUAUCUUCCUGAGUGACGGAUCGCCAACAGACAAGGACUUUGCGCUAAACGCAAUUACGCAAGGACAAGAGCUCAUGGAUCGUUCUGUUUACAUCUUCACCUACGGACUGGGUGCUAAUCUCAUGUGGGCCAGUAGCCAGUGGGCGCCAGACCCCAACAACCAGUAUGUAUAUUUACCGGCCUUAGACUUCCUGAGGACCAUCGCAGACCAGAACAACCACCAGAUCCCAGGGGCUGUGGAGUGGACGAACGCUUAUUGCACAACGGAACAAAACUAUGGACUGUGCUUCAGCCAAAACAGAGACCCCCAAGGUGUGGGGCCAUCGGGCAGGAUGGAGUACAUCGACGACGGACAGGGCGACAAGCUGAAGACCAUCAUGGGCAGCUACUACGACUUCUUCCCGUUCUCAUCCGACCCUGAGCCGACAUACUCUGUACCAAACAACGACGAACAUCUUGGUCUGGUUAUAAAUACCGCUCUUCCCACUAUUGAAACCGGUGACGUCUUUUUCGGUGUGACGGCCAUGGACAUCUCCAUGGACGUCGUGUUCCGCGAGAUCGCCAACUUCAACAUCGGCAAAUAUUCCUACGCCUUCCUGGUGGACAGAGAGGACGACCGAGUCCUGAUCCACAGGAACCUGCCAAAACCGAUGGAAUGGAGGAUAGAACCGACUUUUCUCAGCCUGGAGGCGAUGGAGUCAGCUCUCAGGUCACGGGAGGUCACGAAGAUACUGAACGGAGACACAGGAGACUACUAUACUAUGGUGAAAGUCCCCAUUGGCCGUGGGAAUGCCCAAUUCGACGGAGCCGUGACCAUAGAGAAAGCUGCAACCUUCUACUACGAGCCCAUCCCUGACACCAAGUACAGCGUGGUGCUCUGUUUCUUUGAGGAUGAUGAGACCAUAGCCAUCCCCACUCCGGUGAAACACGAAGACAACAUGGACGACCUGUACCACCGGCUGGACCUGCUGUACAUGAACAACGCCACCGGUGAUACACAGUUCUGUAGUCUGUAUGGCGAGUACGCCACACCUGAUAAGUCAACUAUAAAGUUCCCACCAGAAUCCUUUAUUGACUCCACGAGCUACCUGGGCACCUUGGAGACCUUCGAAGAUGUUGUCGACAUUGAACUCUUCAUCAAUGAUGUUGCCGGCUUUGCUGCUAAUCCAGGGCUGCUAGAAGGCGUCCGAACUGACGCGAUCCUGUCGGCUGAGAUUGAGCAGUACUGGAGAGAGAACGGCCAGGAAUCCGUCUGGAGAUACUUCGGCACAGAGAGCGGUGUGUUCCGAAUUUUCCCAGGAAUCAUCACAGACAAGCGGUACGACCCCACCCGGCAGACAUGGUAUGCGCGCGCCCUGAGCAGACCCGAAGACUACACCUUCUCCCGUCCGGUUCCCAGUCUGUUCGGCGGCGGCAACAUGGUCACCAUCAGCAGGGCCAUCUUACACACAAAAACCGAACAGUUGUUAGGAGUCAUCGCUGCUGACAUCACGGAGAAGUACUUCUACUCCAUGCUGUACUCAGAGGUCCCUGAAUGCUUAUCUGAUGAAUAUGACUGUUUCCUGUUGGACGACAGUGGAUACUUUAUGGAGUCGUUGGACAACACAACAACCUACUAUCUGUCAACAUUCAACAACAACAUCCGGGACAUGGAGCACGAUCACCUGACUCACAGGUUCCCCUGGCUCGCAAAGACUCUCAUCGUCAGAGGGGAAUAUCUCAGGGCGGAAUGGUGCAACAACUAUGCUACCCAGAAUGCCCAGUUGUUUUACGACACAACUGGGUUCAUCGGCCUGGAGGUCACCACCGGCCCGCCGUGUUACCAGUUCGCCCUGCAUCCCAUCAACUCCACCAACACCUUCAUUCUGACCUUGCACAACCGGCAUACCUACAACUGUGAUGACCGUCCUAUCACAGUCGGCGGCAACCAGAACUGUUCCUGCAAUGACAUUUGUCUAACAUGCAGCACAGAGGAGCUGCAACUUUGUCAGUGCCCCUGUAUUUGCGACUGGUACUACGAUUCCUGCACCAAUGAAAUCCAACGCCUUCUGUCCGACAUUCCCUGUCCUCCCUCUCCCAAGGACCUAACUACUGUGGGACCAGGACCACCUUACCCACCUGGACCAGAGGUGGAAGAAUGUGGGGAGAGAUGUAGUGCACAAUCAGACAACAUUUCCUGUGAGGCUCUCCCACACUGUGUCUGGCAGGAGGAGAUGGACUUUCCUGUCUGUACUGAGAAUAGUAUAGACAUGUCGGCGUACUUCCCGUGCUUGUUCGUCCCUGUGAACCUGAAUGGUACAUCCCAGCUGCAGCAGGACGUGGCUGACAGCUUCCUGAGUUCUCUGCGCGCCGCGCUACAAAACAGAGGAUUCCAGGUGCCGGAGAAAGUCAUUCACGCCGUCCAAGUGGGAAGGGAUACCAUCAACUUUAGGAUCCAGAGCACAAUGGAAUACCAGAACCUGACGGGCCUGCAGAGCGCCAUUCGAGACAUCCUAUCGUGGGACCAGGAAUUCACCUUCGAUGGCUUCAGAUCGGCUAAUCCUGACGACAAGUUGAACAACGCUGUCAAAUUUGAGAUCAGCUUUGAAGACCAGAACGGAGGAGACAUAGACUUUGACGCCGUGCUGGAGUCGAACUUCACUCUUCGUGAUGUUUUAGAGCAGGACAUCAUCAACUUUGUCAUCGCCACGCUCGGGCCUUCGUCUGUCGCCACCCUGAACUUGGACAAAAUAUGGAUUCAAAGUAACUGCACCUUCAGCAUCAGCGUCCCGCUAGACCAGGUAGAUGCAAUAGGGGCAGAAGAACUGCAGAUCGUGAACAACAUAGGAAACUUCAUUACCCACGUGGGAAGCCUUCAAAUUCAGGCAAUAAACUACCACACCACCGAAAGCUGUGCCUUCUGCCCCCCUGUCUGUGAACCGAGAGAUGAGCUUGCAUGCUAUCAACAUACCUCUUGCGAAUGGUGCGUGUUUGAAGGAGCGCCACACUGCGGUGCUGAUUGUCUGCUGCAAGAGGAAACGAAAGAGGAGUUGAGCGUGUUUUUCCCGUGUCUGCCUGAGGUUUUAGACAACCAGACAGAACAGCAAAUCCAGGACAGUUUCCAAGAUGAAGUACUCCAGCUCCUGAGAGCUAACUUCAAUGGGUUUAACACAUCCAGAAACAUCUUCAAUGUCACCAUCGCAAAUCGCACCGUCUCCUUCUCCCUGAAAAGCAGCAUGCUGCAGAGGAUCACUCCUGAAAUCAUCAGCUUCCUCAGGAACGUCUCCAACUGGUCUGGCGUCACCCUCAGAUAUAACGGCAACCAAUACCCAGUCUGGGAUCCUAACGACUACACAGAUAUCAAGUUCUUCCUCCGGUUUGAUGCUGCCCACAACUUCACGGAGAUUCUAUCCCACGACUUCACGGAGAGGCGGCGUCUGGAAGAUGCAGUACGGGCCAUGGUCAACAGGAGCGUUAGCAGCAGCGUUCUUCCUGCUGAGCUUGCACCAACGGUGGCAAAUAUCUGGGCAAAGGAUCAUGUCAUACCGUUCACCAUAAACAAAGAUCCCGCCCGCAAAGACACCAACAUGGCUUUCAUCGCAGCAGCCUUCGCACGCAGCACAAUUGGCGUUGAGAUUUCAGGAAGAGUAGUUCCGCCAUUGGAUAUUUCCUACGAGCUCGGCUUCUACAGCAUUUGUCAGUACAACUGCUCGACAAUUCCUUCCCAAGGCGAGUGCGUUGCUGUCCCGAGCUGUGGCUGGUGCACACUGAACGAAGGUCCCGGAUGUGGAGACGACUGUUACCUUGUAGAAUGGGUAGAUCACUUCAACUUCAUUCCCUGUGACCAGACACGUGACCUGACCCAAGGGCAGAUACAGCAGCUUGUGGACCGGUUCCGCCUAGAGGUGGCCGCCAUUUUUGGUUCAACUGACAAGAUCAUCAGAAACGUCGCCAUUAAUGAUUACGGGAUAAACUUCGAGCUUCAGGCCACCAUGCAGGAUCCCUUCCUCCCGGAGUACGAAGAGAAGAUUCGAGACGCUUUCGAACUGGCGGUUGAUUUAUCUGUGGGGAAUGUGAUCAAUCCAUAUCUGUUCAGAACUCGCGACCCUGAAGACUUCACAGACAUGGUCGUUAGGAUGACCUUCAGCAAUGUUGACUUUGGACACCUGGUCAGUCAGCAUUCCGUGUCAGGAAGCGCGCUUCUUCCCAAACUGAGAACUGCACUGACGAAUGCUGGCAUAUCCCAGCAGUACGUGACAUCAAGCAGAAUCCUGGAAAGAGGGCAGAACUACAUCGAGUUCUCCAUAUCAAAACCUGUUGACAGCAACGACAACCUGAGGAUGGAAGUUGAGAAACUUGUAACUGUCCAGAAUGCUGGGGGAAUACUUCUGAAUUUGAAACCUGCCCAGGGCUGGCCUGUUAGCACUGGCGUCAGCUACAGAGGAACCUUCGACAGUAUCUGUGUCCCAGUCCCCCCACAACCACAAGUUGCAACAAACAACCCGAGUGGAGGAAGCAACCCAGGUGCAAUAUCCACCACCCCACCGACCAACCCAUCCCCAGCAAAACCAACCAGCCCAGGCUUAGUCGUCAUUACAGGCUCCACUAUUGGCCCGCCGCCGUAUACAACAACUACCGGGACAAGUACUCUCAAGCCACCCUUUUUCGACUGUGCUGUCCAGCCGGCUGGUCUGUACCCAGACCCACAGGACUGUACCAUGUACUACCAGUGCAGCGCAGGACACCCUCACCCGGCACACAAGCCUUGUCCUGCCAACCUGGUUUUUGACUGGGACCUUCUAGUGUGCAACUAUGCAUCGUCGUGUACCAAUGAACCAGCUGUGAAUUCGGUGGCGCCACCAACAGAAGUCACAAAGGUCGUUACAGAAAUUGCUGUGAAACCUCUAUCUAUCGAGUCUGAGACCGCCCCGACUUGCACCAAUGAGUACAUGGAGUUAGCCCUGCCGGCCCACCGGCUCAGUCACGUUGUCACCAGCGGGCUGCACUGGGACCCGGACCCGAGCUGUAAGGCAACCUUCAACGGUACCCACUACAUCCUGCGGACCGGGCUCUAUGAGUGCGGGACAAAGGUGACCUUUGACACGAAGUACGUCAUCUUCUACAACAAUGUCAGCCUCCUGUUCACCCAUGAUGGCGUCAUCACUCGAGAUCCUGAUGUCGUCAUCCACUCCAUCUGUAAGUACGAGCGUGACGAAGCCGUAAUGUCCGAGUUCCUGCCCAUCCCGGGCGGACUGGAGUUUGUUGAUGAAGGGUUUGGUCAGCUGUCCAUCCGGCUGGACCUGUUCCCCACACAGAGCUACCUGUCCCCGUACACCACACUUGACUACCCGGUACACAAGCACCUGCGGGACAGGAUGUACCUGCAGCUACAGGUGCAGGGCCACGCCCGACAGCUGUCCGUGAUCGCCCUGCACUGCGAGGCUACAUCUGGCCGUAACACCUCCCUACAGUACCCACUGAUACAGGAUGGUUGUGCCUCAGACGACACCCUACAACUCUACACCACUCCUGACCCGGCCACACAGAGGUUCAGUCUGGAGGCCUUCCGCUUCGUACAGGAAGUGACGACAAUCCACAUCCGGUGUGAGGUCGAGGUGUGCGAUGCUGCUGACACUGGAUCCCGCUGUGCACAGGGCUGCAGGGCCAAUCACCAUCACAAGAGGGCGCUCGAGGAACAGGAUGACAUGAAGAGUCGCUUUCUGAUCUCCCGCGGACCCAUCAUCCUUGAUUCAGAUUCUCAGCCCGAAGGUGAUUCGAAGACAACAAUUCUGCUUACUGGAGGAUCUGCUGUGAUGAUCACCCUCGCUGCAGUUCUGGUGGCUGUCAAAGUGAGGCGCUCAAAACGGGUACAUCCGGGAUAUCAGCAGCUCAUCAACCUUGAUGUUGAGUGAAGUCAAUCUCCUGAGCAGUACCAGGGAUGUUACAGGAUACUGUAGGACGUUACGUUGCUGGCUAACUUUUAUCCACUAGAAAAAAAUAGUUUUAUUUGCACUGACGAUGUUACAGAAAAACGAAUACAGGUAGCCUUAAACAAAUUUUACCGUAAUAACCUCUGUAGAAGAAUGCAAUGUGGCCAUAAGACAAUUGUUUAGUCCUUUUAAUUCCUUACCCUUCGGAGCAAGGAGGAUUGUCAUAUCAUGGGCAUGGCUUAUUUAGUGUAACGCAAUGAAGACGACUUUAGGUACAUUUUUCCCAAUAUAGCUUAAUCUUAAAAAUACUCUGGCUUGUUGUUUAAUGACCAAAUCUUACAAUCUGAAAUAGCCGUACAGAGAUAAAGAUAGGCUUUGUUUAGUGCUCUGAAAUAAACUUGCAUUGCAGAAA